GAUCCUGACAAGAAAAAUGGCGGAAUUUGAGGAGCUACGGGUAGGCUAAAAAAAACAAAACAUAAACACUGCUAGGUAGAAAGCUAUACUACGGCUAAUCCCUUUAUUUAAGCAAUUUACGUUUUCGGAUAAGGCAUUUAAUUAGACAUCCGCUUCAUAUAGGCAAAAAUUAAUUCGCUAACUGGAAUGGUGUAUGUCUGUUUUGCCUAGUUAACAAACUGGUGCUGCUCUCGACAUUAGCAUGCCGCUAGCUAGCUAACAACAAUUAGCCAGGUGUAGGCAUUGGCUUAGCAAUGCGAAAUCGUUUUGUAAUAUAGCUUCACGUUAAUGUACUUUAUCUAAUAAAAUGCACGUUACCUGUUGAAGGUAAAUACUGUUAGUUGACUACAGUGGAUAGCUAGUCUAUUUACAUUAAAAUAGGCUAUGCUAACAUGACUAUCAAGGUAGAUAGAGACUAUUGUUGUUUUCAGUGUUGCUAGCUAGCUGGACUGCCCUUAACUGUUAUAAAAAAAAAAUAUAUAUUUUCAGGAAUUACUUUCUAAAUAAGGUUAUUUAGACCGGACCGCUAUAAAACAGUACUACAGCUAACUCUAAUGUAAGAGAUCAGUCAAAUGAUAGUUAGCCAUCUGCCAUCGACUUGAGAUGAGACCGAGGCAAAAUGAUUUGAUUUGAUUGGAUAUUCUGCUUUCUAUCGUCAAUAGCUAUUAAACCAGAAACAGAAGGGGUAACCCAGACAAGCUACAGGGGUUAUAAAGCUGAAACAUCCGUCUAUAUAGAACGUUUUCUCACCACCAAUUACGGUAGCGACCGGAAGUCCAGUCUGGUUAGUGGGAGAAGAUGGAAGCAGGUGAAACUGGGCCAACAUUCUGCAAAGUUUCUCAUCGAUUUAACAUCUGAUAUCAAAACAAUUAUAUAUUCUGAAUCGGGAGGAUAGAGAAAAGUUAACUGCUUUUUUUGUUGAAACCCCCCCCCGCCCCCAACUUUUCAAUCUUCAAUAUCUUUUAAUUAAUAAUAUUCUUCGAUGUAAAGUCCCCUAUUUUACGGGACCUGCUUGGGUCCGACCAAAGUUUUUGCUUUUAAAUCGAUCUGUGGACACUGUUGUUUGAAAUGGUUUGCAUUGAGCGAUAGUAGUAUAUGUGACUAGGAUGUUUAACCUGACACCACUUGAAGCUGGGAUGGCCCUCCUACCAUUUCAUUCGCUCUACCGAAUGUCCGUCAACCUCCUGGCUGAGCCCUUGGUCACAGCCACUGACAAAGCACAUGCCUGCAAUUCUUACAUUGUAGCUCAGCAGGAGGGAGUGGGUUCAGCAUUGUAGCACAUUCAGAGAUCAAUUUAUAGCCAUUAAUCUAACAAAAAAACAACACUUUCUGUUCAUCAUAGAUGGACACGAUUAAUUUGAGAGGAAAGGCGAGUUCCUAACGAGCUCAGGAAGCCGAGCUCUGUGAGACCUUCACAUGGAUGGGGCCAGACAUUUUGAUCAAGAGAGACCUUUUCAAAAUAUGCAAAUGUUCUCUAAAACUACACCAACAAAUAUGUAUUUUACUGUUAUAAGGAAGGUGACGUCUUAUAGUUAGUCGUUUUAUAAUUUCAUUAAACUAUAAUUAGGAAGCACAUGUCAUUUCAAGCCUUAUUCGUACAGUUUAGUUGAAUAGGAAAUACAUCAUAUUAAAUGUUUAAAAUGUUUGUAUUUUUUUAAUCAUAUUUAUACUGUGUACUUGAGCUUGUGUCCUCAGAAGUGACUAUACCUCAGCAAUUUAUAGCUAUUUUUUUUCACCAGAAAGAUGAUAUUGUAACCUUUCUUAGAGGAUGCAUUACUAGUUAUUGUUUAUGAUCCUCAUGGUAAACAAUUACUUUUGGCGAUUGUGUAGAUUACAAUAUUGAUUACAUUUUAACCGGUUUAAACAAAGCGUGCCAUGACUAUGAAAAUUGUCUAUUCUAGAUCGGAUGGAUGGAAAACAAACCACUGCUUUGUUGUUCACAUGUUUAUUUGUUUUCUUCUUCUGGUUUUCAAUCUUUAACAGCCCAUAAACAAAGCGUGCCACGACUGAAAAUUAUAUAUUCUGGAGGAAAAAAUACACACAGAAUUCUUUUCUUCUUCUCCCUCCUCCCACUGAUUCAGAAUAUAUCAUUUUCAUAUUCAUGAAAGGCGGUGUUUUAAAAGCUGCUGAAGUAUGAAAACUGGAAGAGAAUAUGGGACGGUAUUAUGUUCACGUAUGGAACCAUGCUCAUAGGUUCAUCAUUUGCAGGAAUUCUGGAUAUUUUGAUCAACUUUCUGUUGCUAUUUAAAUUGUCAAAUGAAUGCCCCCAAUAACAAUACCUAUUUGUGUACAGCGUUAUUGUAUAGCUUAACAAAUUAUUACCAUGAGCAUGAUUCUGCAGUCCCACCGUUUUCAUUUGCCUACCUAACCAACUAGCUAAUGUUGUGUUUUUUUUUUCCUUUUCAAAAGUCAAGCUCAUCCUCACUCCUCUUCGUCCAUCGUUUGUCAUCCUUGCCAAUGCCAUGCUCUUCCCAUGUUUAAUCUGAUUUAACGGUUCUGGCAUUUAUUCUCAUUCAACAUUUUAGAUGCUUAACGGUCACAUAUAAUAAGGAUUUGUAAGAAACAAGGAAAUACACACGUAGGAGCGAUCAAGCAUGGACCGUAUAAUGAACGAGCAUGGUGUCAAGUUUCAGAGUGUCAGAGCUACAAGUGUUACUGGGCUUCGCUGGGCGUAACAAGAGUGGUCCCAAGCAUGAGCUCCUUCUGAGGGUCUUGCACCUCCUGAAGAACUCAUCCUGCAGUCCAGCCGUCCAGAUCAAAAUCAAGGAACUUUAUCGACGCCGCUAUCCCAGGACGAUAGACACUUGUCUUACCGACUUGGCUGCAAUUAAGUCUGCGUUCUCCACGGCAGCGGAAGGCGGUGAUGUUACCGUGGUAACCUCUGACCUCAGUGACCUGUCCCCUGACGGCGCCAGUGUCUCCCGGGACUUUGACCUGGCGUCCGAUUCGCUGCUCCUCUCUAGUGAUUCGCUGCUGCUCCACGAGGAGACCAAUAAGGAGCUGAGGAUGAACCUCCAGCAGCCCGCCCCUCUCAUCCCUCCAGUCCACCCAGACGUCCAAAUGAAGUCUCUGCCAUUCUACGACGUGUUGGACAUCCUCGUUAAACCCUCCAGCCUGGGAACCAGCACUGUUCAGAGAUACCACCAAGAGAAAUACUUCAUCUUCGCCUUGACGCCUCAACAAGUCAGAGAGGUGUGCAUUUCAAGGGACUUCCUUCCAGGUGGCAGAAGGGACUACAUGGUUCAGAUACAACUGAGGUUUUGUCUGUCAGAAACAAGUUGUCCCCAAGAAGACAACUACCCCAACAGUCUCUGUAUUAAAGUUAAUGGGAAGCUCUUCCCCUUGCCGGGUUAUGCCCCGCCCCCUAAAAAUGGAGUGGAACAGAAGAGACCAGGAAGACCUCUAAAUAUCACCUCAUUGGUCAGAUUGUCCUCUGCCGUACCCAAUCAGAUCUCUGUAACAUGGGCAGCCGAAAUUGGAAAGACGUACUCCAUGUCGGUGUACCUGGUGAGACAGGUCACCUCACCUCUACUGCUGCAGAGGCUCAGGAUGAAGGCCAUCAGAAACCCAGACCACUCCAGAGCGCUGAUAAAAGAGAAGCUGACAGCAGACCCUGAUAGUGAGAUUGCCACAACCAGCCUGAGGGUGUCGCUCAUGUGCCCCCUUGGUAAGAUGCGUCUGACUGUGCCGUGUCGAGCUGUCACCUGUUCCCACCUGCAGUGUUUCGACGCAGCCCUCUACCUGCAGAUGAAUGAGAAGAAACCCACCUGGGUCUGUCCUGUCUGUGACAAGAAGGCCCCCUACGAGAGCCUGAUCAUCGACGGGUUGUUCAUGGAGAUUCUGAACGACUGUUCCGAUGUGGAUGAGAUCAAGUUCCAGGAGGACGGGACCUGGUGCCCCAUCAGACCAAGGAAAGAGGCCCUCAGUGUGUCCUCAACCUGUAUCCCCAAAAUAGAACCGCGUCUAUGUGCCGUGGUCCCCUCCCACAGCGAGCUCAGCUCAACCAAUAAGAAGGCAGACGUGAUCGACCUGACCCUGGAGAGCUCAUCAGAGGAGGAGGAAGAGGAGCCUGAUCCGCCACUGAAGAAGAGAUGCCUCUACAUGUCCAAGACAGAGGAGGUUCACGCCAAGGGAGUGUUGAUGUAUCAGACAUCCACGGGGCCAAAUGUACAGGCCCUGGACACGCCAUACCUGAUGUCUUCACUAGCCGACUAUACAGUCCCCUUCCACCACUCCACCCUGUCCACCAUCCCUACGGACAUGCAGAGUCUGGAUCUGUUCUCGCUGAUCCAAGGUGACCCGCAGCAUUACAGAGCUCCCAUGUUCCUGGAUAACCUGACCAGCAGCCUGCAGGGUGCCACCACUAGCGCCGGCCUGGUGUCCUCUUCUAGCCAAUACGAGACCAGUUCCCACCACACCACUGCCUCUUCAUCCUCUCAUGAGACUGGGGUUAUCACUGGGGGAGGAGGAGGAGGGUCCAACAUCAUCUCAGACAUCAUCUCAUUGGACUGAUCUUCUGGUCCCUGAGAGCUCAUUGGACUAAGCUUCUGGUCCCUGAGAGCUCAUUGGACUAAGCCUCCUAUUCGACACAAGCCUCCGAGGACUGAGGUAGUGCACUAUAUAGGGAACAUCGUGCCAUUUUGGACCUGGACGAUGUCCACAGGCCACCAUGGGACAGGGAGAUCCCAGAGCUAGGCUAACUUGUCUCCUUUCCUUUGUCUGUCUGCCAGUGAAGUUAGGACACAUUUGCUUUUUUUCCCCUCCACCGUGCCCCUGCUUUGUUAGAUCCGUGCUGAUUGAAGGAAAGGAAAACUAGGAGAGGAAGCCAUUUUUAGAUAGUUGAGACUGUUGGACCCGUAGUCUUUUCUCAAUUGGAUUUGCUCAGCUCCUACGUCCUCUCCCGCCUCUUUUUGAAAAAUGGUCAAAGGUGAUUGGAGGAGAGGCGGCGAGGAGAGUGAAUGUGGGUGAAAAUGUAUGAAAUGACGUUUACAGGUUGGAUCCCAAAGCGUGGUGAUAAAAACGAAUGAAGAUAGUUGUGGAAGACAAUUUUUUUUUUAGCUACAACGAUAGAUUUUAAAUAUGUUCAUGCUUUUUCUCCGACGACAAAACGAAAGCUUGAUUUAAAGAGUGGAGCGGGGAGGCAGGUUUCAGUAGUCUUCCAUGAAGGACUCCGGUAGGAUACACAUGAUCUUCCUCGAGGUAAAGGUGACUAUCAAGGAGAGGAGGGAAGAGAAGGGGAUUUUACCAGUCUGUUCUUCACAUUUGUUUUUAAUUGGAUGAGUUGACAUGGAAGCAUUCCGCAGGAAGUGGGACAAUGGGGGGCGGGGUUUGUUUUCCCCUUCAGUCACAGCAAUAAUACUGAGUUUUCCAGAUCUACUGACUCUGUACACGGUUGAAAGUAUCUAAAACAUGGAACCAUUAGAAAUUAGAUUUUUUUGUGUGUGUGUGUGUGUGGGGGGGGAUCCAUGAAUUGGAGGUACCAUUUAGUUUUUUUGUACAAAUUAUCAAAAGUGAUACAAACUAGAGCGUUGAGUGUUUAUAAAAUGCCAUCUUUCUCAGCAUUUUGGAAAUCUGUUUUGUAUUUAGUUGGACCUUGUUGUGUAUGUACCAUCUAAUUAUUUUUGCCUUCUUGGGAGGAUCCCCUUUUGUUCUGUGUGUAAAAAUGUAUAUGAGUUAAUGUCCCCAAAUGGUUUCCGUCCCACGAGUCCCAACUUUUGAACAUUUUAAGUUUGUUGGUUUGAAGGUUAAGCAGGAUUUUUUCGCACCGUUACAUAGCUACAUGUUCACAGAACCAAAUGUAAUGCGAAGUUGUCAAUUGAGCCUUUGUUGAACGUAGCAAAAAAAAACAAUCAGGGCCUGAAAGUGUAUUUUAUUUAAUGUACGAAACUCUAGAUAAAUUAGCUAAGGCAAUUAGUGCUGCAGUUUUUAAAGUGUAGAAUGAUAUGUUGGCCCUCAUUUAGUUGGCCCACAACCUUGUAUGAGUUGCUUAGGGAAAGGGGACCUACCCACUAAAAUGUUAGGAUGUACAUUAAGUUAGGUUGAUGUUUUAAAAUGGAACCUGAAGUAUUUUCCAAACUUAAAUUUAAGGGAAUAGAUAUUUAAUAUUUUAUUGUAGUUAAAGGAUGCUGCUCUUGUCUCGCUGUGGGUAAAGGAUGCUCUUGUUUCGCUGUGCCAUCGUGAUGCAAACAAACAAACAAACAACAAGGUGCUCAUUUUUUAUUUGCUGUCAGGAUCUCAGACUUAAAACAAUAAAGCGUAAUUUUUUAAAUACCUGUAUUAGUCAACUUUCCCCCCCUCAUACCUUUUCUAGUUAUAAUACAGUGUAUUGUUAUUGUGGUUUGGCUAUUUUUAUUUUAUACAUUUCCACAUUAGGGUGCUAUGAUCAUUAAAUUGCACUAGGAAGCAGCAGUCCAAUCACAGACGAUCACAGUUUAUCCAGGAAGUUGUCCAGGGUAGGGAUGCCUUCUUUGAGGCCUUUGCGUUUGCGGGUGUCUGCCACUACUUGCCAUGGCCGACUGGUCUCGUCGAAGGGGUCCCCGGGCAGGAUCUGCCAGUGGUCGAACACACACUGGGGGAAGGCCUGGCCACCUGUGUUGGACCUCAGGUCCGCUGUGAAACCUAACGACAUCGGGGGGGGGGGAAUAAAAAAUAAAAUAUUCAUAAACAACCAGAGGUCUGUGUUGUUUUGUCAUGCUUAUCUGUAACUAGUUGGUUGACUCCUAUUUCCUAUGUUACGCUCCUAUCCUGACCGAAUACAAUGUUUUACUUGUUAAAGAGCUAAUCCUUUUCAUAAAGGCUGUGAUAUUACUAUACUGGUACAAUUUUUUCCAUGGAAAACUCUUUUGGUCUUUAAAAAAAAAAAAAAAACCUGCUGUAUGUAAAAUAUUUUGUGAUAGCUUGGAAAAUAAAUACACGUGACUGGA